AGGCCCAUGGCGUCCGUCCAUAUCGCCCCACUCUCCCGUCCCCAUCUCCGAUCCCCAUCACAACCGGAGCCGUCGAGGCCGCCGCGCUUCCUCUCCCUCCCCUCGACUCCGGCGGCCGGCCGGGGCGCGUCGCCACCUUCCUCGCCCUUCGCCCCGCUGCUCGGGUACCCGCUCCCCAGUCCAGCACAGAGCACAGGGAGGGGGGCAAUGGAAGGACCAUCUGCUUCUGACGGCCAAGUGAUCCCGUCCACCGCAGGAGACCCUCACCUCAGCAGCUCGGCCGCGCCCAUGGACGCCGCCGGCGGCGGCUCGCAGCACGUCGCGACGCUGCGGAAGCUGCUGUUUCGGAGGAUGCUGGUCGGGGUGAACGACGGCCGCUACUUCCUGGGGCUGUUCCACUGCGUCGACAAGCAGGGGAACAUAAUCCUGCAGGACGCGGUGGAGUACCGCAGCGCGCGCCGCUCAUCCCCGUCGGCGCCCAAGGAGGAGCGGUGCCUCGGGCUCAUCCUCAUCCCGGCGUCCUGCCGCUCGUCCUGCCAUGUCGACUGCUUCAUCGAAGAGCAGAUGGCACUGCUGUCCCUGUGCAAGUGAAGGAUGCUUCUGAAUUUUCUUUCCUCUGGUUUCUCAAGCUGUGUAACUUGGAUGAAUCUGUGCCUGGAGACCUUGUUGUGACUUUUCUUUGUAGUCAGUUGUGCCAUAUUGGAGUUUGCCCUGCAUACUUAUUGUUAUUUCAGCUAGAAUCUGGUAUUCGUAUUUCUGUUCCAUGGGAAAAUAUUCUUUCAUUAA